GUAGCUUUUGUACUUAUUUGCAUCGUGAUCAAGCCAACAACAGGAACAGCGUGCUCGGUACGUGCAUUCUCAUGAAGAUUUUGAUUCGGCAAACAAAAGACUAUCGGUCAUCGUACGGCGCUCCUUCUACCGCUCUUUCGUUCACCAUAUGUACACGUACACUUCCUAAGUACAUCGUUUCCG